GACUGUAUGCGGUGGGCGUCCCAGCACUUCCGCAGGCUGGAGUUUACUCAAGCUUUCCGUUUAAUGCGUGAAAUGCGAGUUUAGAGCGGAACGCGUGCCGCGCUGCUCCCGAACUGGUUUAAACGCCUUCAUAGCUGGUCCGGUUUACCGGAGGCGCCGGACGCGAGGCGGUAUCCGAGCUGGGAGUGCCAUCAUGAGUGUGCUGCCCCCUGUGCGGAAGGACCGCAUCAUCGCUCAGCUCCCCAAGUUCUUCAACAAAGGUGCUGCUUUACACACAAAGGAUGAAUUUCACCCCAAAGUGAAAACAGCCUGCCAGGAACAGAGGACUGGGACAGUGGGUAGGUUUAAAAUCUCCAAGGUUAUUGUGGUUGGGGACCUGGCAGUGGGAAAAACAUGUCUGAUUAAUAGGUUUUGUAAAGACGUGUUUGACAAAAAUUACAAAGCAACCAUCGGCGUGGACUUCGAGAUGGAGAGGUUUGAAGUGCUUGGGGUUCCGUUCAGCCUGCAACUGUGGGACACUGCGGGUCAAGAGCGGUUCAAGUGCAUUGCUUCCACAUACUACAGAGGAGCUCAAGCUGUAGUAAUUGUUUUUGAUUUGAAUGACGUGGCCUCAUUGCAGCAUACUAGGCAGUGGCUGGAGGACGCUAUGAAAGAGAAUGACCCCACCAGUGUUUUGCUCUUCUUAGUGGGCACAAAGAAAGACCUGAGUUCUCCUGCGCAGUAUUCUCUCAUUGAACAGGACGCUGUUAAACUGGCCUCAGAGAUCAACGCAGAGUACUGGGCUGUAUCCUCUUUGUCAGGGGAAAACGUGAGAGAGUUUUUCUUCCGCGUGGCGUCACUGACGUUUGAAGCCAAUGUGCUGGCAGAGCUGGAAAAAAGUGGCUCCAGGCGAAUUGGGGAAGUUGUCAAAAUCAACAGCAACACAAGUAACUUGUACGCAACUUCUAAGAAGAAACAGCCAAACUGCUGCCAGUAAAAGGAGCGGCUCAAACUGGGAAUUUUGCACUGAAAAUUACGGUACCAAAGCAAAAAGUAAAGUAUGUACAGGUUAACAGGGAGACUAUAGAAAUGGAUUUUUAAAGACCACAUCUACACAUAAGGAAUGCACAGUAAGCUUUGUGGUUAGCUCUCUGUGGAGAGGGUGGAACUGAAAACUGUUGGAAUUGAGAGAACAUUCCUUAGUAGGAUAUCAUGAGGUUUUCAUUUUUGUGGUGGAAUUUUUUUCCCCUAUGAUGUCUAUGCACAAAAAUCUGUCUUCUCUUCUGUGUUUCACUUUUAUGAAUGAUUAUGGUACUAUAUUAAAGGUAACUAGGUCUCUUCUUUUUUUUUAGAUACUUCAUUUUAGUUCACGUGGAUCAGUAUAUUAAGGUCGUGCGUGGCCAAGUAUUAACUGCACAGUGAAAGUGGCAUUGCAUUUUAAUGAUUAAUCAAAAAUGCAGUUUCAAUAAUGUAUUUAAAAUAGUACUGAAUGCUGUAGUGUACAAAUUUCAAAACUAAGUUUUUUUUACUAUUUUACACAAUGCUGAACAAUUUAUAGAUCUUUGUUAAUGUGCAUUUUGUUUGAAUAAAACAUUUUUAUACUGUAUGCAAAUUA